UUGAUGACAGGUUUAGUAGUAAAGAUUGGGUCAGUCGAACUUUAGAACAUGGACGGCAGAUUUUUAUCGAAAUUGGUUCUUGUGCUUUUUUUGCAUACAGUCGUGAAAGGAGCAGCAGUUGAUCCACCAAGUAAAAUAGCGAUAAUCGGUGGAGGAAUUGGGGGUUCAUCAGCUUCUCAUUUUGUUCGUGAAAAAUUCGGAAAAAAUGUUCAAAUUGACUUAUUUGAAAAAGAUUCGAGAAUUUGUGGCCGUCUCGACACUGUCACAAUAGAUGGACGAGAAUAUGAAAGCGGCGGCUCAAUUAUACAUAGCAAGAACCUGUACAUGAAGAAGUUUGUUAAGGAUUCUCCUAAUCUGCAAGAAGCGAGUUCUCUUUCCAGCACACUUGGAAUUUUCGAUGGAAAAGAUUAUGUAUUACAGACAAGCACAUGGUCUAUCGUAUCUUUGCUUAAAAUGUUUUGGACAUUCGGAUUGGAUUUAUUUCGACUUCAAUGGCUUGAGAAAAGAUUCAUAAAUAAAUUUGUGGGAAUAUACGACCUUCAAAAACAAGGUCAUAGUUACGACACUGUUCAAGGCUUUUUGCAUGCGAUAGGAGGGAACGAUUUUGUGCAUGCCACACAGAUCACUGGAGUUGCUGAGUUUUCUUCUGAUGGGAUCGGCGAAUUCAUGAUUGACAAUUUGGUGUCGCCAGGUUUGAGAACAAACUACGGCCAGAAUGCCAGCGUUAAUGGAUUUGUUACCGCAGUAUCAAUGGCUGGCAUACAACCUGGUCUAUGGUCUGUAAAAGGAGGCAACAAGUUAGUCUGCGGAGAACUCGUCAAGAAUUCAUCAGCGAAUAUAAUAAACGAACAUGUAUCGAAAGUAGUGUAUAAUGCUGCGUCGAAAACAGAGAAAUUUAGUGUUUUCACAAAACAAAGUCCAUCUCAACCAAAGACCUAUGAUAUAGUUAUAAUCGCGGCACCAAUACAAAGUGAUAUGUACCACAUUGACUUGUCAUCUGCUUGUUCUAAUGAAGAAAACUGUCCGAGUUCAAAGACCAAUGGAAAACGAUACAGGAAAACCACUGCAAAUUUUGUGAAAGGCAAAUUGAAUUCAAGUUUAUUCAAAUGCAACUCAUGGAAAGUCUGUCCAGGAUCAAUUCUUGUUUCAAACCAGGACACAUUCUACAGGAACAUUGGUCUUCAUAUUCCCGUAGACUACGAUCCAACAUCAGAAGAGGUUGAACCUGUGUACAAAGUAUUCACCACUGAUCCAAUGUCUGAUGAAGAGAGAGAUUAUUUAUUUGAAUCAUACACUACGAAAGCAACUGUUGUAUGGAAGGCAUACCCUGUCUAUGAGCCACCAGAGGAGCUCACAUCAUUUGUUCUAAACUCUGCUGGAUUGUACUAUACUAGCCCUAUGGAAUGGGUUGCCAGUGCCAUGGAAAUGUCAGCGAUUUCAGCGAAAAACGCUGCUUUACUGGCGUACAACAACUGGUUUGGGAAGGAUAGUGACAACACAACAGCAAUGAAAGGAGAAUUAUUAGUACAUCACUGUUCGUAA